AUGUACUCGGCUAUUCGGUCAUUACCGUUAGAUGGAUGUGUGGGGUAUUACCAAGGGUCUCUUGAUGGGACCAACUUUCCCGGUGAUGUUUGCUUGGUCCUGACAACGGAUCCCAAGCCUCGACUCCGUUGGACAGCCGAGCUCCAUGAACGGUUUGUGGAUGGUAAAUAUAGACUAGGAAAUCAAUCUUCCAAGGAAUCAACUGAUAACUCUAAGGAUGCUUCUUCGAUUGCGGAAAGGCAGAACACUGGCUCAUCCACGAUAACAUCAUCGAGAAUGGCUGCACAAGACGUGAAUGAGGGUUACCAGGUUACUGAAGCUCUUCGAGUGCAGAUGGAAGUUCAACGUAAACUACAUGAACAGUUGGAGGUACAACAUCGUCUUCAACUCCGAAUCGAAGCACAAGGCAAAUAUCUACAGUCGAUACUGGAGAAAGCCUGUAAAGCUCUAAACGAUCAGGCUGCUGCUUCUGCGGUCUAG